AUGUCGAGUAUUAUUAGUGCCUGCUCGGUUUGCGGCGAUCAGAGUUCCGGGAAGCACUACGGCGUGUCCUGCUGCGAUGGAUGCUCCUGCUUUUUCAAGCGAAGCGUGAGACGGGGCAGCAGCUACGCCUGCAUUGCCCUCGCCGGGAACUGUGUGGUGGACAAGGCUAGAAGGAACUGGUGUCCCUCCUGCCGCUUUCAGCGAUGUCUGGCCGUUGGAAUGAACGCCGCUGCCGUCCAGGAGGAGCGGGGUCCCCGCAACCAACAAGUGACCCUCUACCGCGGCACCCGGAGGCAUCCUGCGCAGCCUCAGCCUACGGCAACACCGCAUUCGCAGGCGCUGCACUUCCAGAUUCUUGCCCAGAUCCUGGUGACUUGUCUGCGCCAGGCGAAGGCCAACGAGCAAUUUGCUCUGUUGGAGCGCUGCCAGCAGGACGCUAUCCUGCAGGUGGUGUGGAGCGAAGUCUUCGUCCUGCGAGCCUCCCACUGGUCGUUGGACAUCAGCUCUAUGGUGGAGGGAUGUGGCGAUGACCAACUAAAGCGGCUCAUCUUUGAGGCUCAGCAGCUGAAGGCCGACGUGCUGGAACUGAAUUUCCUGGAGACGCUCAUCCUGUGCCGGAAGGAAUUGGCUCUCACUGCCGAGUAUUCAGUGAUCCUGGGAAGUCACUCGAAUGCAGCCCUGGUGUCCUUGGCUCGGUACACACUGCAGCAGUCAAACUAUCUGCGCUUCGGGCAGCUCCUGCUUGGCCUCAGACAACUCUGCCUGCGACGCUUCGACUGCGCCUUAUCCUGCAUGUUUCGCACCGUAGUCUGCGAUUUAUUAAAGACACUCUGA